ACUUAUUUCAAGGUUAUGUUGUGACCGUGAAUUUUUAUAAUUACCUCGUCAUGAAAAGUGAAGCCCUCGACGUCUUUAUACUCAUCAUCUGAUGAAUCAGACAUUCCAGCUGGACGAUACAUUGUUUUUUUAUAUUUAUUAAUUAAUAAUUUAUUACUUUAAUAAUUUAAAAAUAGUUGUCAUAAUAACACAGUAUGCCGGUUUGAUAUUUAUUCCUUUGUUUACAUAAAAAAAAUUUUUAGACUCAGUGACGUCACUGUGUGUGAAUAGAAAAAAAAAAACACAAAUAUAAACUCAUCCAAAUUCUUGGAAAAUAAAUAGGAACAUGUGUUAAAUAAUAUUCUACUCAAAAAAAAAAAAAAUAAUAAUUAAAUAACAUAAAUUUUAUUGUAAAAAUCAGUAUUUUAAAUAAAAUAUUUGGCAGAGUAACCUCGACGACAUUCAAGAUGAAAAAACCACUACUGUUUGCCUUUGACUUUGAUCAUACAAUUGUUCAAAAAAAUACAGACCUGGUUGCACGUUCAUUAAUACCAGAAAAAAUUAUAAUUCAAGAAAAAAAAUUAUGUUGGACAGAUUAUAUGAAAAAUAUAUUUGUACUUUUACAUAAAAAUAAUAUACAAAAAGAUAAAAUUAUAAACAGUAUACAAGAAAUUCCAGGUGUAAAUGGAAUCAAAGAUUUGUUGAUAAAUUUACAUUCAAAUAAUUGUGAAAUAAUAAUAAUAAGUGAUUCAAAUUCAGUGUUUAUUGAUAGUUGGUUAAAAGCACAUAAUCUUGAUAAUAUUGUUGAUAAAAUAUUUACAAAUCCAGCAUGGUUUGAUGAAGAAGGUCUGUUAAAUAUUUCACCUUAUCAACAUCAAACUUGGUGUCAUCUUGACAGUGAAAAUUUAUGCAAAGGAUAUGUUUUGGAAAAAUAUAUUAAACAACGACAGAGUGAAGAUGUUACAUUUGAUAAAAUAGCAUAUGCUGGUGAUGGAAAAAAUGAUUACUGUCCAAUGAUGAAACUGUCAUUGGAUGAUAUGGCUUUUCCUCGUUUAGGAUAUCAUAUUAUGAAAGUGCUUAAUGAUGCUGAUGAUGAAAAAAAACCAGUAGCUAAAAUAUCAACAUGGAAUGAUGCUAAUGAUAUUUGGAAUAUUAUUAAAAAACAAUACAAUUUUUAGGUAGUGUAUUCUCUCGUCAAAAAUAUAAAAAAAAUGUCAAUACCAUUACUGAUGGCAUUUGAUUUUGACGAGACAAUUAUCAGCAAAGAUUCAGAUUUUGCAGCACGUACUUUGAUACAUGAUGAUUUACCAGAUGAUAUUAAAAAAUUAUGGAGUCUUGAAGAUGGAUGUAUUUUAUAUAUGCAAAAAGUAUUUAAACUUCUUCAUACAAAUGGAAUAAGUCAAGAAUCAAUUGAAAAUAUUGUCAAAGAAAUACAGCCAAUUGAUGGAAUUGUAAAUCUCAUGAAAAAUCUCAACUCAAAUAAUUGUGAGAUAAUAAUAAUAAGUGAUGCAAAUGUAAUAUUUAUUGAUAAAUGGCUAACACACUGGAACUUAAAUAAUACUGUUAAAAAAAUUUUUUCAAAUCCAGCUUGGUUUGAUGAUGAUGGUUUGUUGAAUAUUGAAAAUUAUCAUCAUCAAAAUUGGUGUAAAUUGAGUGUUAAAAAUUUAUGCAAAGGUGAUGUUAUGGAUAAAUAUAUAAAACAACGAAAAAAUGAGGGAAUUGUAUUUAAUAAAAUUGGAUAUGUUGGUGAUGGAUCAAAUGAUUUUUGUCCAAUGAUACGUUUAUCAAUUGAUGAUAUGAUAUUUCCAAGAAUAAAUUAUCCAAUAAUGAAACAAAUUCAUAAUAGAAGUGACAAUUUAACACCAAAAGCUGAAAUAAUACCCUGGAAAAAUGGUGAUGACAUUUGGCAAGAAAUUAAAAAACGAAUAAACUUUAUUUAAUUAAUUUUAUUUAAAAAUUUUACAUUAAAAAAAAACAACAUUCAUAGGCACUUGGAAGACAAAAAUUGUUAAUUAAAAUUAAAUAAUUAUUAUUGAAAAUUAAUCAUAGAUAAACCUUGUCCAUAUGCACAUGCAAUAAUUUUGUUAUUAUUUUCAUGAAUUAAUUCAAGACCUUGUACAUCAGCAAUAAAAAAUUGUUCAUUUUUAAAUAAUUUUACUUUUAAAAUUUCAUUAUUAUAAGUGUAAUUAUGAAUGACAAAUUUUUGAUCAAUAGCAACACUUGCAAUAUGAUUAUCAUCAAUAAAUUUAACACCAGUUAUUUGUGCUGAAUGAGCUGUUGAUGUGUACCAAUUGGCUAAAUCAAAAAUUGAUAAUUCAUUAGCUUCAGAUGUAUUAAUUUUAAAUAUAUUAAUAUUUAAUUUAUUAUCAUCACCACCAGUUGUUAAAUAAUAUAAAUUAUUUAUCAUUUUUAAAUCAUAACUAUUUAUUCCAGAUUGAUGAAUUGACAAAGAACCAAAUGGUUUUAUUAAAUCAUCAAUAUUAUUGUCAUUUUUUUGUGAUAAAAUAUUAUUUAUAAUAGAUUUAUUAAUAUGCCAAAAAUUAAUUUUACCAUCAGUUGCCAUUGUCAUGACAAUGACAUUUGUUUCAUGUAAAAAUGUAUGAAUUUUAAUGAUACAACGAUUCAUAUAUAGCAAUUCAGUUGCAUAAAAAAUAAUAUUAUUUGUAAUAUUGUAAGUAAAUAUUCUUAUAAAACCAUCUGAACAUGCAAUAAAUAAAAUAAUAGUAUUUGAAUCAAUUUGAUAAGUAGUUAUAUCCAUAAAUCUAGUAUCAGGAUUCAUUAAAUAUUUGUUAUUUUUUGUUGUUUUACGUCGAUCUUUGUCAUUGCUAUUUAACAUAAAUGAUGUUAAUUCAAUCAUAGUUACAUCUUCAAUACUUAUUAAUUGUUUAUUUGUUUUAACAUUUAUUUGCCAAACAAAUAAUUGUGCUCUACCACCAACUGAGAAUACAAGAUUUUUUGUAAUAUCAUUAUCUUCAUGUAAAUUAACAAUUUUUAAUGAUAUUACAUUUGAUUUAUGACCAUCAAAUGUACCCAAUGGAAUAAUAUCAUAUUUAUUUAAAUGAUUUUUAAUAAAUGUACAUAUUCUAAUUGUACAAUCUUCACUACCAGACAUAAUUAUUUUGUGUUUUGUUGGUGUUUUAAUAAAUGACAAUGAAUGAAUUUCUUUAGUAUGAUAACCAGAAAUAAUUGAAUUACUCAUAAAACAUGAUGGAUUAUUUAAUAAAUGAAUUUGUUUAUCACGUAUACAAACAAA